GAAGCCGUCGCGGCUGUGGUUUGUUUGUGUCGGUUUUCUCGGACACCGUCUCGUUUUCUACCCCUCACUGAACACGCUCAAGGAGAAUAAAACGACUACUAAGCGGAAUCGUGGAGCUGAGGAGUGACUGGAGAGCCAAACAUGAUAACGUCUGCCGCUGGAAUUAUUUCGCUCCUCGAUGAAGAGGAACCGCAGCUCAAGGAGUUUGCUCUGCAUAAGCUGGAUGCCAUCGUCAAUGAUUUUUGGGCUGAGAUUUCAGGAUCUGUAGAUAAAAUAGAGGUCCUGUAUGAGGAUGAAACGUUUCGGAGCAGAGAAUUUGCUGCCCUGGUUGCCUCUAAAGUCUUCUACCACCUUGGAGCCUUUGAGGAAUCCCUCAACUAUGCCCUGGGUGCUGGAGACCUCUUCAAUGUCACAGAUGACUCUGAGUAUGUGGAGACCAUCAUUGCCAAAUGCAUUGACCACUACACCAAGCUGAGGGUGGAGAAUGCUGAGCUCCCGGAGGACGAGGAGAAGAAGAGCAUUGACCCCCGUCUGGAGGGCAUCGUCAACAAGAUGUUCCAGCGUUGCCUAGGUGACCACAAGUACAAGCAGGCAAUUGGCAUCGCCCUGGAGACCAGGCGGCUCGACAUUUUUGAGAAGACCAUUCUGGAGUCGAACGAUGUGAGCGGUCUCCUGGCCUACAGCCUGAAGGUGUGCAUGUCCCUAAUGCAGAACAAGAAGUUCCGUAACGAGGUGCUCCGUGUAUUGGUCAAACUCUAUAUGAACCUAGAGAAGCCCGACUUCAUCAAUGUCUGUCAGUGCCUGAUCUUCUUAGAUGAUCCGCAGGCUGUGAGUGAUAUCCUGGAGAAGCUGGUGAAGGAGGACAACCUGCUGAUGGCCUACCAGAUCUGCUUCGACUUGUACGAAAGCGCCAGCCAGCAGUUCCUCUCCUCUGUCAUCCAGAACCUGCGCACUGUGGGCACGCCCAUCCCCGCCGUGCCUGGCUCCACCAACACGGGCACGGUGCCCACCGCUGACAAAGAUGGUGAUGCAAUGGAAACGGAUGACAAGGCCGGGAGCUCCCCUGCUGGAAAGCCAACAGACACGAAAGAGGAGCCCAAAGACCAGAAUGCCAAAAUGAUCAAAAUCCUCAGUGGAGAGAUGGCCAUAGAGCUGCACCUGCAGUUCCUCAUCCGGAACAACAACACAGACCUGAUGAUUCUCAAAAACACAAAGGAUGCAGUCCGAAAUUCGGUGUGUCACACUGCCACGGUUAUAGCCAAUUCCUUCAUGCACACAGGAACCACAAGUGACCAGUUCCUCAGAGAAAACUUGGAAUGGCUGGCAAGAGCGACCAACUGGGCCAAGUUCACCGCCACAGCUAGCCUUGGUGUCAUCCACAAGGGCCAUGAGAAAGAGGCGCUCCAGUUAAUGGCCACCUACCUGCCCAAAGACACCUCCCCCGGCUCUGCCUACCAGGAGGGGGGGGGACUGUACGCCCUGGGGCUGAUCCACGCCAACCACGGAGGGGACAUCAUCGACUACCUGCUCAGCCAGCUGAAAAAUGCCAGCAACGAUAUUGUCCGUCAUGGCGGUGCCCUCGGCCUGGGACUGGCUGCUCUGGGAACAGCCAGGCAGGACGUCUACGACCUGCUGAAGUCCAACCUGUACCAGGACGAUGCUGUUACUGGAGAGGCAGCAGGUCUGGCCCUGGGUCUGGUCAUGCUGGGCUCUAAAUCAGCUCAGGCCAUAGAGGACAUGGUGGGCUAUGCCCAGGAGACACAGCACGAGAAGAUCCUGCGUGGCCUGGCUGUAGGCAUCGCCCUUGUCAUGUACGGCCGCAUGGAGGAGGCCGACGCUCUCAUUGAGAGCCUCUGUAGAGACAAGGACCCCAUCCUGAGGCGCUCAGGAAUGUACACGGUUGGCAUGGCCUACUGUGGCUCUGGAAACAACAAGGCCAUCCGCCGCCUGCUGCAUGUCGCUGUGAGCGACGUGAAUGAUGAUGUGAGGAGGGCUGCCGUGGAAUCCAUCGGCUUCAUCAUGUUCAGGACCCCAGAGCAGUGCCCCAGUGUGGUUUCUCUCCUGUCAGAGAGCUACAACCCCCAUGUGCGUUGUGGGGCAGCCAUGGCUCUGGGUAUCUGCUGUGCUGGGACAGGAAACAAGGAGGCAAUCAACCUGCUGGAACCGAUGACCAAUGACCCGGUGAACUACGUGAGACAGGGCGCCCUCAUUGCCUCUGCCCUCAUUAUGAUCCAGCAGACCGAAGUCACUUGUCCAAAGGUGAACCAGUUCAGGCAGCUGUACUCCAAGGUCAUCAAUGAUAAGCACGAUGACGUCAUGGCCAAGUUCGGCGCAAUCUUGGCCCAGGGCAUCCUGGAUGCAGGUGGACGUAACGUUACCAUCUCUCUACAGUCCAGGACGGGACACACUCACAUGCCGUCAGUGGUGGGCCUGCUGGUCUUCACCCAGUUCUGGUUCUGGUUCCCUCUGUCUCACUUCCUGUCGCUAGCCUUCACCCCCACCGCCAUCAUCGGCCUCAACAAAGACCUCAAGAUGCCCAAGGUCCAGUACCGCUCCAACUGUAAGCCCUCCACCUUCGCAUAUCCUCCGGCCCUGGAGGUCCCCAAAGAGAAGGAGAAGGAGAAGGUAUCCACUGCUGUUCUCUCCAUCACAGCCAAAGCCAAGAAGAAGGAGAAGGAAAAGAAAGAGAAGGAGGAGGAGAAAAUGGAAGUGGAGGUUCAGGAGGCGGAUAAGGAGAAGAAGGAUGAGGAGAAGGAGAAAGACAAGGAGAAGAAGAAGGAGCCUGAGCCCAGCUUCCAGCUCCUGGAGAACCCUGCCAGGGUGCUGCCCGCCCAGCUCAAAGUCCUCACCAUGCCAGAGACCUGCCGCUACCAGCCCUUCAAACCGCUGCACACGGGCGGCAUCAUCAUCAUGAAGGAUACCAGUCAGGAAGAGGAGGAGCUAGUGGAGCCGGUAUCCGCCCACGGCCCCAAGAUUGAGGAAGAGGAGCAGGAGCCCGAGCCGCCGGAGCCCUUUGAGUACAUUGAUGAGUAGAUCAUCUCCUGGUAGCCAGGCAGCGUCUCCUGGCCUCAGAAGAACGGACCCCACCUCCAGCGCCUCUGUCUACAACUCCUCUCCUCCAUCCAGCUAUCCAGCUCUCCACCCGUCAGCCCCUGCACUCCUUUUCUUUUUACAUGUCCCCCUUGUCCCGGCUCCCUCACGCUGCAGACAGGCUGUGUGUCACACGUUACUGUUGAAGUGUUGUGAGUUUCUGUCACCACAAUAAAAGAUCUAUA